UGUCUUAGCUCAUUAAUCUUUUGAAUGUUUCCAUUUUUCAGUGACCACUGGAGCUUGUGUGUAUAUGAGAUGAUGAUUGUGAAGGGAGAGUGUCUUUACUUCACCUGGAUUCAGUUAAAAGAGAACAUCCGAAAGAAUCAUUUGUUGACAAUGUCAAGAGGUAAGACAACAUGAGUAUCGCUUUUUACAUAACUGUUUGAAAAUGCAUACCAUCUUCAUUGGAUUUUAUGUCUACUUAUUGCAGGUUGUUAAUACACUACAAGAAAACACGGACAAUACCGACGGAAAAACCGACCGAAAAAAAUCGGUCAGGAUUUUCCAACGGAAUUCCGACGAAAACUUGUCGGAAAUCUAUUUCGGCAAAUUCGUUGGAACUGCGUCGGAAAAUACUGACAGAAUACUUUCGUCGGUAUUUGGUCAUACGAUCCCGACAGAAAACCGACAAAAAACUGACAAAAAUAUGACCGUUGCAAAAAAUUGACACAUACCGACGAAAUACCGACGCAGUACCGACAAUUUUGGAAUUCGGUCAGAAUUCCGUCGGUAUAUUCCGACGGAAUACCGACGGAUUGAACAGCCGUUUCACUUCCCGAUGGAAUACCGACGAAUUUGCAGCCGUUGCACUUCCCGACGAAAUACCGACGAAUUAUGUAGCCGUUAGUAUCCGUUUAAAUUACCGACGGAACACCGACGGGUUUUGUACGUUAAUUUAGCCGUUAUUAUUCCCGACGGAAUACCGACGAAUAUUUUCCGUCGGGAAGUUUUCCAGAUUCAUUAUAAAUACGACCUCUCCUUCAUUCAUUCAAAUCACAACAAAACAAUAUAAAUUAUGGGUACUCCUUAUAAUUUCCGUUCUUGGUUAGAACAACCUCAUAUGGAUCCAAAUACAAAUUUACUUACGAAGGAAUACGCACGUGGUAUUCAAGAAUUCAUGGGGGUGGUUCAAAGUCAACCGGAAGCAAGAACAAGUAAGUAUUUAUUAUGUCCAUGUUCUACUUGUAAGAAUAAUAUCCGUGUCAAAAAAAUAGAAGUAUGGAGUCAUUUAUAUUUGAAAGGAUUUACACGUGGUUAUAAGAUUUGGUAUCUUCAUGGAGAAAGAUUUGAGUAUGGUAGUAGUAGCGAACCUCAAACUGCCGAUAGGUUAGAUGAACCAACCAAAAAUGUAGAUUUUGGGGUAGGGACUGUUCAGAUGGUAUAUGAUGCAUAUGGAGAAAAUUUACCGUCGGGUGAAGAGGAAGGAGAUAGACAAGAACAACCCAAUUUAGAAAAUUUCCCAUGUGAAGAGGAAGGAGAACGAGAACAACCCAAUCUAGAAGCGAGAAGAUUUUUUGAAAUGUUAGAUGCAGCUAAGCAGCCAUUGUAUCAAGGAUGUAAAGAUGGGCAUUCACCUUUAUCAUCCGCAAGUCGAUUGAUGGCGCUAAAGACUGACUAUAAUUUGGCUGAAGAAUGUGUGGAUGCGAUUGCAGAUUUUGUUAGAGAUGUUCUACCUGAAGAUAAUCUUGCACCUGGCUCAUAUUAUGAGGUACAAAAAUUGGUCGCUGGUCUUGGCUUACCAUAUCAGGUGAUAGAUGUAUGCAUCGAUAAUUGCAUGAUUUACUGGAGAGCAGAUGAGAACAGGGAGAAUUGUAAAUUCUGUCGGAAACCUCGUUAUCAGGAUACGAGUGGAAGAAUUCCGGUGCCAUACAAACGAAUGUGGUAUUUGCCGUUGACUGAAAGAUUAAAGAGGUUAUAUCAGUCUGAACGAACAGCAGAACCAAUGAGAUGGCAUGCAGAGCACUUAACAAAUGGUGAGAUAACACAUCCUUCCGAUGCAGAGGCGUGGAAGCAUUUUCAAUCAACAUAUCCAAAAUUUGCAUCUGAGGUAAGAAAUGUGUAUCUUGCAUUAUGCACAGAUGGUUUCAGCCCAUUUGGAAAGCAUGGAAGACAAUAUUCAUUGUGGCCGGUAAUCUUGACACCUUACAACUUACCACCACAUUUGUGUAUGCAACGAGAGUUUUUGUUCCUCUCAAUUCUCGUUCCCGGGCCAGAUCAUCCUAAGAGAUCACUGGAUGUGUUUCUUCAGCCAUUGAUAUAUGAGCUGCAAUUAUUAUGGGAGCACGGUGUUCAUACAUACGAUGUUUCGCGGAAAGAGAAUUUUCAGAUGCGAGCAGUACUUAUGUGGACAAUAAGUGAUUUUCCAGCAUAUGGUAUGUUAUCUGGAUGGACCACGCAUGAGAGGCUAUCAUGUCCUUAUUGCCAAGACAACACAGAUGCUUUCCAACUAAAAAAUGGUCGGAAAACGUGUUGGUUUGACUGUCACAUGAGAUUUCUACCACACGAUCAUCCAUAUCGUAAGAGUAAGACAUUGUUUACAAAGAACAAGAGGGUGUUUGACAGUCCACCUGAAGAAGUAAGUGGCAAAAAGUUGAAGGAACAAUUAAGAGAUUUUGGUGCAGAUAGAACGCCAGACGUGGAUGGAAAUGGACAUGAACCGAUUUAUGGUGUAGGGGAAAAUCAUAAUUGGCAUAAGAAAAGUAUCUUCUGGGAUUUGCCCUAUUGGGAGACUCAUUUGUUGCGGCACUGUUUAGAUGUCAUGCAUAUUGAGAAGAACUUUUUCGACAAUUUGAUGAACACCAUCCUUGAUGUCCAAGGCAAGACGAAGGAUAACUUGAAGUCAAGACUGGAUUUGGUUGAUAUUUGUGCUCGUCCCGAACUUCAUGUUGAUGAGCACGGUAAAGGUCCUAUUCCCAUAUAUCGACUGGAUGCAACUGCAAAAGAAGAGUUUUUUGAUUGGAUAACACACAGUGUUAAAUUUCCAGACGGUUAUGCAUCAAGUUUGCGUAAUUGUGUUGACAAAAGUGAAGGGAAGUUUACUGGCUUGAAGAGCCAUGAUUGUCAUGUAAUGAUGCAGCGCCUCCUUCCUUUUGCGUUUUCCGCACUAUUGCCACGAAAUGUCCACGAAGCAAUCGCAGGGAUAAGUGCUUUCUUCCGUGAUUUAUGCUCGAGAUCACUCACAUCAGAUGGUAUUCGCAAUUUGGAAGUUAAAAUACCGGUGAUCCUUUGCAACCUCGAGAAGAUAUUUCCUCCAUCAUUUUUUGAUGUUAUGGAGCAUCUUGCUAUUCAUCUUGCGAGAGAAGCGGCACUCGGUGGUCCCGUGCAGUACAGGUGGAUGUAUUUGUACGAACGGUUUAUGUUUCAUCUGAAGAAGAAGGUCAAGAAUUUAAGCAAGGUGGAGGGAUCAAUAGUGUCUCAGUGCAUCAAUGAGGAAACCUCAAACUUUGCUGAAUACUACUUUCCAUCAGAAAUUCGAACAAAAAGUCGAAGACCUGCACGGCAUGAUGAUAGAGGUGAAAGGGCAACUUAUUAUGUUUAUGUGCCAAACGGUUUUGAUUGA